AUGGCAUUUACACUAUGGUCAUGGGGUGCAAAUUCUCACGGCCAACUCGGUCUAAAUAUAAUAAGCGAACAAGUAAACGCACCUACUAAGAUCACCAAAGACUUUUGGUCCAAGACGAAACAAGUUGCAUGUGGAGGUGGACACACAUUACUGUUAGAUGAUGAAGGAAAGCUUUUUGCUUGUGGCUGGAAUGUUAAAAAACAGUUAGGCUUGGUAGAUGAAGCUAUUUACUUUGAAAGGGUUUGGUGUCUAAGUGGUAUUAAUUUUACAAAUAUCUCCUGUGGUUGGGACUUUAGUUGUGGUGUUACCGAUGAAAAAUAUUUAUUUGUGUGGGGUUCUAAUAGCCAUGGUCAAUUAGGGCUACCUAAAGAACACUUUUCAGAUGCUGUUAAACCAGUGAGGUUACAAGUCAAUGCUUGUUCAGUAUCUAUGGGCUUGCGACAUACAGCUAUUAUUAAUUCAAAAGGUGAAGUUUGGACCACAGGAUGUGGAAAACAUGGUCAACUUGGUCUGGGUCCACAUAUUUUAAUAUCAGACAGAUUUCAGAAGGUUCCAUUGACAAGCAUGGUGACACAUAUAGUUUGUGGACAAAACCAUACAUUAGCAUGGAGUUCAGAUGAAAAGGCUUUAUAUGUUUGGGGGGAUAAUAAACAUAGUCAGCUUUUAUUGGCAUCUGAGAAAUAUAAAAAAGUUUAUAAGCCACAAAAGAUUGAUAUUGAUGUUAAAAAAAAGGUGAAAAGACUUCUCAGUGGUUGGACUAAUGCUUUACUGUGGUUGGAGGAUGGUCAACUUCUUGCUUGGGGCAGAAAUAACUAUGGACAACUUGCAACAAAUGAGCCAUUUGAAGGAAAAAUUAUUCAUAUCAAAUUACCAGAAGAAAGGCAAGUCAAAGAUGUUGUAUUGGGCUCAGAACAUACAGUUUGUUUAGCAACUGAUAAUACAUUAUGGGCAUGGGGCUGGAAUGAGCAUGCUAAUACUGGGACUGCAUCUGGAGACUAUGUAUUCACUCCAAGUCUUAUAACAUUUGAUCAAGAUUUACAUAGUCAAAUUACACAAAUAUAUGCUGGAAGUGCACACAAUUUUGUAGUUACAGAAAAAGAAAGCAAUGAAUUAUAG